AUGGGAUUUCUCUCUAUUCUACCUGCGGAAUUGGCCGUGGUAGAAACCUGGAUUACACGCAUAUUCCUCUUUCUCGGCCUCGUAGCCAUCGGCCCAUGGGCAGCGCUGCUCGUCUACGACCUACUCCUAUAUUGCUGUCGCGCUGGCGCAUACGAGAUACCUUUCAUCGGCGGACGCGCUCGCGGAAAAGCGAGACCUCGUGCCCCAAGCCUCACUGAGCGCCCGAGCGGGCACCGUCGGAAGUUUAGUAUUGCCUCUCGAGGUAUAGACCGGCCGGUGCUGAGUACAGGGGGCAUGGAGGCUGACUCUCAGGAUGCCCGACAUCGUCGUAUAACGGAAGAGAAGACGGCGCACUCUUCGUGA